AUGGCAGAGGAGAAGACCUUCCGCUAUGGGUUCAUCAUCCUGGGCUUCUUCCUGGUGAUGCUGGGGAUGUUCAUCAUGAGCGUGGAAAAGCCCCAGUACUACAUCACCUUCUGCGUCCUGGGUGUGCUGCUCGUAGCCGUGGGCAUCACAUGGAGCAUGUGCCAGUGCUACCCAAAGAUAACCUUCAUCCCUGCGGACCUCGAGGCCGAGCGGUUCCUGGACCACAAACCCAUGGUGCUGCCACAGAAGGACACCGGCUCGAUUGCCCCCUGCCCCAACCGAGAGGCCAGCAGCACCUACGAGAAGAGCCUACCGUCCUACGAGCAGAUUCAGAGCCCCGCCCGGCCAGCCCCGGGGGAUGCCCCGCUGGCAUCCCUGCUGGAGGAGAUGGACACGCCAUCGCUGGAGGGCUCCGUGCCCGGCAGCCCCACGCCACAGAGCCGCACCCUGCCCUGCUCCACCCACCCCGGCCGCCCCCCGAGCAGCUCCCCGGGGCGGGGAGAGCAGCCCCGAGCCCCCUGGAAAGGCCCCGGGAAGGAGGAUGAUCUCUACUACGGGCUCCAGGAGGAGCCGGAUGCUCUGCUCAAGGAGAGUGAUGGCCUUUCUGAGCCUGAAAACUGA